GGGAUGUAGAGAAUCGCGACGGGGAAAAUUUGCUUCCGUCAUUCGAAGAUUUCGUUCAUUCCUGCAAUCGUGGGUACCAUUGAGACGAUCUCUUGUAUGGGCAAAGAUGCAGCAGAGCCGGGUUUGGAAUGUCCUCCAAACCGUCUCUUCAUAAUUUGAUUGCCUCGACCUCGAUAGCUCUGUUCGAUACACUGCCGAAACAUGGGAAACCACACAUCCGUAGCAAUGGCGUUCCCGAAUGGACCAUCCUGGCGACCAUCUGUCUCGUCAUCUUCAAAGCAGCGGCCGUAGCUCAAGCAGGACAGCAAGCCCACGGUGAACAUGAAAUUCAAGUGGCCAGUCUUGGAUCGGGCGUCAAGUGCUUACCUGCGAACAAACUUUCUCCAUGCGGGGAUACGCUGCACGAUAGCCAUGCUGAAAUAUUGGCCAGGAGAGGAUUUAAAAAGUGGUUGAUGAGUGAGGCGAAGAGAUCUCUGAGACUACCAGAAUCAUCAGGACAGAGUCUCGUGCAGCUCAACCGUGAGACGAACCGAUUUGGUCUCCGCCAAGAUGUCCAAGUCUGGCUAUACGUGUCCAAUCUACCAUGCGGCGACGCCUCGACUCUGCAUACAGCUGCGCAUCAGCCAUUAGACAUGGCGACGUUAAAGAGCUCAAAGGACGGACAUAGACCUAUACAUAACGAUGGGACAGCUAUCAGAGGACGAAACGGAUACGAAGCUUUCGGGGCCAUACGAACCAAACCUGGUCGAGCUGAUUCUGUCCCGGCCACAAGCUUUUCAUGCUCUGACAAGAUCGCCUCUUGGUCUGUCUUAGGUCUUCAAGGGGCCCUCUUGGCCAACAUAUUUGAGCCAAUAUACCUUGAUGGGAUUGUGGUUGGUGGCGUGGAGGAUCCCCCGGAUCAUUGGACGGGGAAGAAGGGUGAUUGGACGGGGACCAUAAAGGACGAAGUCCAAAGAGCUGUCUGGGGACGGUUGGAGGUGAUCAAGGACCGCUUGGUACCGCCUUAUACACUCCACCGACCCGAAGUACAUGUCACUUCGACGACUUUCCCAUGUACAAAGUCUGAAAUUCUGAGAAAGAGCUCACUGGAACCGGCUACAUCCGUCACCUCUCUCCUACACUUACCAUGGACCGGUAGCACUCCGGAAGUAAUCUUCAAUGGCAGUCGAGCUGGAGCAUGGAAAGCACCAGGGUCAAAAGCCUUACCGGAACGGAAUCGUUCAAGCGUGUGCAAGCUCGAGCUAUUGCGUGCGUUUGACGAUCUCCACCAGGAUCUGCAUUCAAGUCUCGGAGGAUCGCAGUUGGGAAGCACCGAUAGCAAUGUCAAGACCUACUUUGAGAUCAAGCAUGGCGAGCUGGCAUCCGCUUACCAACGAGCGAAGACGGUCUUACGUGGCACACCGUCGAAAGCUGAUGAUUCCAUCGAUGACGCAUUCAAGAAGACCGGUCAAUCCUUCCAGGUGACUGCUGGGUUGGAUGACUCCGGACAUAGCCCCCCAUUCAGAGGUUGGAUAGUCAGUGGACGCGAAUACGAGAGCUUCACAGUGGACGGGGAGCUCAAGACUAUGCAUUGAACCACGCCACAUCCGCGCGCCACUGAUGAGAGUUGAAACUCAGGCACGGGGGAAUUUUGAAACAAGCGGUAUAGCCUCUUUUUUAGUUUGUGUCUGUGUCGGCAGGC